AGCCGCCCAUAUGAAAGAGCAGCCCGCCUCUACAUAGAGAUAACUUUUACUGGAGCACAGUUCACUUACAAUCAUUGUAGUGGUGGUACACACAAUGAUGAACUUUACCUUGAUGCUACUUUUGCUCUGCACCUUCAGUUGGAUCUCGUCCUCAGUUGCACAGUUUUACACUGUGGAGGUUCAGCCUGGUGAAGAGGUCACAGUGAAGUGCUCCAAUUUCAGCAGAUUUCACUCCCGCAUAUUUUGGUUUAAAAUGACCAGCAGUCCCAACAUCAGUUGCAUCUCGUCUAUGUUAACCUCUGAAAAUGUUUUUUCCUGUGAUGGAAAAAAAAUUUGCUUGUCAUCCAACACCUCUGUGCUAUUUCUCAAGAUCAAACAAGUAAAUUCAUCUAACUCUGGGCUGUAUUUCUGUGGAGAGAAACUCAAUGACAAACUAGUAAUUGUAACUGGAACAUAUUUAAAGGUUCAAGAAUUAUCUGAUGGAUUAACAGAUCCGUUAAGUAUUAUCCUGAGUGGGCUAACUGUUUUCCUUCUGCUGGUCAUCAUUGUUCUGCUUGUCAAAAUCAGGAAAUCUCAUACAGCUCAAGAUGAUGAAAAAAAUCCACAACACAGUGAGAAUGAGAACUCUGAUGCCAUGAAUUAUGCAGCUCUGAGUUUCCAUCGAAAAGCAAACUACAGAAGGCCUGUACGACCGAGAGAGCUGGAGAUGAAUGUGGUGUAUGCUGCUACGCGAUAGAUUGACCAAGCAGGAGAAACAGUAGCUCUGAAAUUGAUGUGCUUAUUGAGUUUGUGGGGUAUCUGCAUUUGGUGUGUUUGUUAGGUUUUGUGGUUUGUCGGGGGGGUUAUAAAUACUAGUGCAAAAUGUGCGCUGUUAUUAUUUUUUAUAUAUCAGCUAUUGAUAUUAUCAAAUUGUCUCUUACACUUACAGUUUGUAUUACAGUUUUAUCUGAGUAGAUGUACAUAAAUCGUAAUUGAAAAUAAGCUUUUUCUCUUUGUUGAAUCUUGGAGCAGCCUGCUUAAAAUGUUGGCCAUGUUCAGUAUAACAUCCACCAUUGCAACAUAACUACAUUAUAAAUUAAAAACAAAUUAUUAAUCCAUUCAUUCUGGUUUAUCCAAACAAGUUCAAAAAGUGGAAUGACAGAGUAAAAACAAAAGAAAAACAGAAGCUCAAGUCUCAAGAAUGAAAAACUUUUUCUGGUACUCAGUAAUUGCAGAGGCACAGUUCCACAAACCAUGAUGAUCUUCAUUGACAUUCACAUAGCACUGAUUGUAUUAAUUACUCUUUGUGAAGGUAAAUAUUUUGAUGUGAUGUGAGAGCUUGCAGAAUAAAAAGUGAAAAUGUGUAGAAAUAA